AUGGCUUUCCAGCCAAACUUCGACACAACGCCCCCGUCCUACGUCGCUCCUCGUCCGUGGUGGUCACGACCAAUGAUGACUAUUCCCCCACCUAGUGAACGUAAAGCCACUGGCAAGGAAUGUGCGGCUAUGUGGUCACCCUGUUGCGGCGGCUUAUUCACCGUUGUCGUCGUGUUCUUAAUCUUUUUGUUCAUCGACAAAGCUCACUUCCAUGCCAAAAUCUCCCUCCAGUCCCUCGCCGUCUCAUCCGCAACGUGGCAAGGCGAUUUUCUCGUGAAAAAUCCGAGCUCGAGAUAUUCUAUCUACUACGACGGCGAUGGGGCUGCCGUGAGGCUAGCUUCUCAAAACGUUGCCGUUUUAAACAUCACUAGUCAACCUGUUUCUAAAGAUCACACUGCUUUCUCGUUGUUUUUCGUUGCUGAGGGAAAUCGAAGUGACAUCAUUUCAGGGGAGUUUGUCGUCAAACUCGGGGCGAAGCAUAAGCGUUACGUGAAUUAUGAUAAAGCUGGACAUUUUAAUAUACGUUGCAAAAAUGUGGCUCGAGGCCGUGGGAGGAUUAUAUGUGAAUCCUCUUUUACACAUUUUAAGUUGUUUUCUUUACUAGGAGAACAAAACCCGAAUUACGGAAUUAGAUAUAUCGAUUAG